AAACUCAUUUCUCUGAAAUCGACUCUCUCUAUUCUCAUAACAAACAACUCCACUACUCGGAAUCUAUUAAAAAAUCCAUAGAAUUCACAAAACAAAUCACACCCGUGGUCAACUCUUUUAUGGAGCAAGAAACUGGUCUUCCUUUAUAA